AAAGCGCUCCGAGAUGUGAUCGGACAGACAGGAAUGCUGGAUGGGUUUUAUGGCAGUAGAUAUCGAGAAAUGUCUUGGUCAGAGCACCCUCAAGCUUGAAGAGUUUUACCGAAAAUGCUGCUUGUUGAUGAAAAAUUGGAAAAACGCAGUAGCUCGUCAUCACUUGAUCGAUUUCUUCCUGAUCUUCCACAAAAAGUGAAAUCUCGACGGAAAAUGCGAAAAAUCAUGUGUUUUGUGGGACUUUUCGGCAUUUCGACAAUCUUCUUCAUUGCAGUCUCCAACAUUUCAUCGUCGGAAGAUGUUCCGCUUUAUAAUGGAAAUAUUUACGAUCCGGAAAGAGAUUCAAAAAGUUUUCGAAUUUUGUUAGUUGGUGAUACAGGAGGAAUUCCAAUAUUGGAGACGACUUGGGCACAAAAUGAAGUCAAACAGACAAUGGCAUCAUUAGCAGAUGAACAUAGUGUUCAAAUGAUAUUAAAUAUGGGUGAUAACAUAUAUUUUACGGGACCCACUGAUGAAUUUGAUCCAAGAUUCGAGUCACGUUUCGAAAAUGUCUACACGAAUCCGAGUCUACAAGUUCCAUGGCUCACAAUAGCCGGAAAUCAUGAUCAUUUUGGAAAUGUGACCGCCGAGAUUGAAUAUACAAAACAUAGUAAAAAGUGGUAUUUUCCAUCACUUUACUAUAAGAAAUCAGUAGAAUUCAAUGGUACUUCUAUCGAUUUUUUAAUGAUUGAUACAAUUUCCUUAUGUGGAAAUACAAAGGAUAUUCAAAAUGCUGGUUUUAUUGAAAUGUUACGUAAUGAAUCACAUGAUCCACGUGGUCCUGUUAAUAUAACUGCCGCUGAAGAACAAUGGGCAUGGUUGGAGAAUAACUUAGAAGCAAGCAGUGCCCAAUACCUAAUAAUUUCUGGUCAUUAUCCUGUUCAUUCUAUGUCAUCACAUGGUCCAACUGACUGUUUACGUCAACGUUUGGAUCCACUUUUAAAACGAUUUAAUGUGAAUGCUUACUUCUCAGGACACGACCAUUCGUUGCAGCAUUUCACUUUUCCCGGGUAUGGAGAGCAUAUAAUUAACUAUGUUGUGUCUGGAGCAGCUUCUCGAGCAGAUGCAUCAACGAAGCAUAUUAAAGAAUUCAGUAGGGAUACGUUGAAGUUCAAUUAUCCGGAAAAAUCAUGGUUCUCGUGGUCACCAGUUUCGCAGCUCGGAUUCCGUAAAGGCGGCUUAAUAUAUGCAGAAUUUGGACAUUACAAUGCUCGACUCGAUUUCUUUGACAAAAGAGGAAAACAGCUUUAUUCGACGAUCAUCCCCACACGUGUGAUCCCGACGGAUACAUCGACACGAUCAACUGCCUCACCGUUUGUAGAAAUAGGAAUGUAAUUAAUUAUUUAAGCAGUUGAAAUUCAAUUUUUUGAAUAUUUAUUGAACUCCCUCAUAAUUUCAUGUAUAAUAUAUCUUGAACGGGUUGAAAAUAAAAAUUUUAUUUAUUUG